CACUAUAUUUUUAUAAUAAAUAGAGAAUUCAUGUAAAAAAUUUCAAACUCUUUAGUAAAAUUAAGUGAGAGGCUAAAGUUGUUGCCAUAAUCUCUAGUUCUUAAAAAAAGUCGAAGAUUCAAUAACUAAUCUCUCGAAAUGGUUAUAUUGAAAAAAGAUGGAGUGUGAGAGCGAGAAAGGCAGAAGAGGGACACAACCAAAAAAUAGCACACAUCAUUUUCUUCGGAAGCAAUAAAAUUUGGAUUAUCCGACAUCGUACAUAAAUCCCCACAAGAUAAGACGCACAGAAAAAAGAAAAAGUUUAGUAUGGAAGUUGCGAGCGAGGAAAUUAGGGUUUCGAAUUUCGACAGUCGGUUCUGCUAAUUGGGAAGACGACAUGUGUAGAGGUUAAGGAUAAGGUGAAGGGGAAGGGCGAAGGAGAGAAGAAACGAUGAAGAAGCUAAGAUGGGCAAUGGACGGGUUCUGGGAUCUCGAUGUUUCAACGUCUAGAACACUCGAUGGCUCUGCUUCCCCGGUUCCUUCUCCUUUUCACUUACUUCCUUUGGGAUUAUCCAGAGGCGUUCGUCUUUCCAGAGCCAAGCAGAUCGAUUUCAUGCAGAGUUUCAUGGUUGCUCCUUUUGUUCCUUCUUAUUCCCCCUCCCAUGGCUUCUCUCUUCAACGCGUCUUCUCCAUACCCUUUUCAGAUUCUGGCUCCAUUACUCUCUUAGGCCAGUUCAAUUUACAGAAAUUCAUGUCCUCUCUGAUGAAAACUGGUUCUGGAGAGAUGGGUCAGUCGUUUUCCUCAUUCAUACAAUGUAUUGGAAGGCAUCUUUACCAACGGUCUUUGUAUGCUGUGGGUAUCUCUGCUGAUAUCUUGUUACCACCCGAUGAUUCCCUGAUGAUUAGCUUCGAUGGAUAUGGUGACAGUGAUAUAGUUCGAACAAAAGCAGUAUUUCACCGCAAGUUCCUACAUCAUGAUCUAACAAUGGAGGCACUUUCUCCAGGACUUUUUAUGGACAAAUCUGGAAGAUAUUGGGAUGUGCCUUCUUCAUUGGUUGUUGAUCUAGGUUCUGCUGCUUCCGAUUCGGGUUUGAGUUACCAUUUGUCUAUGCACCAGAAUACUGGGUUUCCCUCACCAUUGGGAAGUGAACCGACUCAUUCUGCUCCUUUCUGUUUAUUUCCUGGUCUAUCAGCCAAGGCUGCUUUUGCCUUUAAGAAGAACUUUGAAAUCUGGCGAAGCAAUGCCAAGAAAUUAAAGAUGGUGCAACCGUAUGACAUUUUUCUAUCAACUCCUCAUGUUUCAUUGUCAGCGAUCAUUGGUGCUGUAGCUACUUCCUACUUUGGAGACGAUUUGGUUAGAUCAGCAGCACAAGGAAGUCUUGCGGAAUUCAAAGGAUUUUACAUGCAGACUUCUAGAAUAAGAUCUACUAUUUUCGCAGAUUUAUUCACUUCUAUUUCUUUUUCAGCUCAGUAUGGGAUGUUUCAGAAGAAAUAUCUGGAUCUUACCCGAUUUUCCGCUUGUAUGGAUUUCCAUUCUGGCUCUAAGUUUCUUUCAGGAUCCAUGCUUUUGAUAGAUGAUCUUUCCAACUCCCGGCACCCAAAAACUGAAGCUGUGAAAGCGACCUUGCCUAAUGCAAGAUUUUCCAUUCAGCAACAGAUUGCUGGGCCUGUCAGCUUUAGAGCAGAUUCAGGAGUUGCAAUAGAUUUGAAUAAAGCAGGGUGGGAUUUAUUACGAGUGGAUGAGCCUACAUUUGCCUUGGAAUAUGCGUUGCAAGUCCUUGGUUCAGCUAAGGCCAUUGCUUGGUAUUCACCUAAGCAUAGAGAAUUUAUGGUAGAGCUUCGUUUCUACGAGACCUGAGGCCGUUAGGUGACCAAUCUUCUCUUUUAUUCGUUCAAUAACAUUGGGUGAACUCAUCAGGUGAUGGAUUAGAUUUUUGACCUUUUUAAUUGAGAAUAUAUAUAUAUGUAGUCAAAUGAGUUAUCCUCAAGUGGAUGGUUGAAAAACCUUUUGAUUUGAUGAUAUGAAAACAUUAUAUACAAUGAUUUAGCAACAAGCAAUCAUAAUUUGCAACAA